ACAGGAAGUAUAAUGCGAGAAGCGGUUCGUUCAACUGAACUACAAUGAACAAUGAAUAGCCUGACGAAUUUUUAACAUGUUGUUUGAAAAUUAAGUUCUAAGGAUUUUUGGGCCCUCUCAGAAGUUGUAACGGUUCUCUCUUGAUGGCUCGUGAUGAGUUUGCCUCCUCCGAGCCUGCUCGGUAGUCGCUAAACUUUGGCUAGCCUGCUGAGUAACUUAGCAAGAAUUUUUGGCAGAUGUGUUCUUUGACUUCUCGCAAAUUGUCUGCAUAUUUAGCCAAAUGUCAGUGACGGUUUCUUAAUGUACUUUUUUAGUCAGCAGACUUGAUGUGUAGUGGUAGGAUAGCUGCAUGUCGUCGCUAUGGCAGGCAAGGAACUGAGUCUUAUUGACAAGAACGUAACAAGCUUGCUAGAUAUUCCCCUGAUACCCACUGUAACAUCACUUAAUCUGCACUGCAAUCACAUCCCGAGGAUCGAGGGCCUGACCUCAGCUUGGCACCUGCGACACUUAGACCUUUCCUCCAAUUGCAUUUCGAAGAUUGAGGGUCUAAGUUCCCUCACUUCCCUGAGGACUUUAAAUUUAUCCUGCAACAUAAUCACCAAGGUUGAAGGACUGAAUGGCCUUGUGAAUCUAACAAGAUUAAAUUUGUCCUACAAUCAGAUAAAUGAUCUCACUGGCUUGUUGUAUCUCCAUGGCACGGAGAACAAGCUGAAACACCUCAGUCUCCAUAGCAACCACCUGGACAGCAUUGAUCACCUCCUGCAGUGCCUACUGGGAUUACAAAGGUUAAGAGAGGUCACUUUAAGUCAGGAUGGCAGAGACAACCCUGUCUGUGGGUCACCAGGUUACAGGGAGAUUGUUAUGCAGUCGCUGCCACAGAUCUCUGUUCUUGAUGGCCUGAACCGACUGGGAAACCCAUCACCACAAAGUCUAGGUAGUCUCUGUGAUAUCCCUGGCCUGGAAGACUACGUGGACCUCCUGCUCUCAUCUGACACGAGUCACAAUGAAGCGGUCAGAAGUGAUGGUUCUCUCACCACACCCCGCAUUGACCAGCUGCUGACCCAAUUUCGUCGGAGGAGUACUGCCUCUGAAGUAAUCGCAGAUCCAGUCACACAACCAGAACCUCAGUGUACCCAGCCGGUCCGUUCCACUGUGGCUGAUAAAGCAGACCCUGUUAACGAAGAGCGCAUCAGGAAACUGGAGCACCAGAUGUCCCGGCUCAUCCAACAGGCCCCUGCAGAUAAUAAAUCUCAAAGAUCUACCCAUUCUGUGGUGGUGGUACAGAAAGCCAAGCGGGACACAGACCGCACUUCAGAAAGUGAGUGUGACAGUGGGAAGGAAAACAAGAGGCGGACAAGAAUUCCCAAAUAUCAUAACAGCAUAACAUCGACAACGACAGCCAAGGAGACCAGGAGCACGAGAUCAGACAGCGAUCAGGAAAAUCAUAAACAGAGGGCUUCAAAGUCUGCUGUGGGACCCAAGAGGAAGGCUGGCAGCACAGGGAGUGCAGAGGCAGCGAGGCCAACAAGGAAAGGACCUUUGAGAGCAGCUAAGGCCUCAGGCGAUGUGAAAACCAAAUCCACGGAGGAGGAGGAAACCUACAGGACGAUUGUGGAGGAGCGUGACCAGGAACGGGAAAGACGUUGGAAGGCAGAACAAGCUGUGAGGAAGCUAACGGAAGAGCUCAAGUGCCUGCAGACCAAGGUCAGUGAGGAAAAAGACCUUCAGAGCAUGGCCCUGCACACUACAGACAGACUGAAGGAAUUGUUGCUGAAAGAGCGAUCGGGGCGCUCUGAGCUGCAGGCUCGUGUUGAGGAGCUGGAGGGGAGGUGUCAGUCCCUAACCCAGCAGCUGGAGCAGGCCCGCAGCAGCGAGGAACAGCACAAGUCUGCACUGCAUAAACUGGAGGAAAGCAUUUCCCACGGAGAGGCACUCAGGGCACGCCAACAGGCUGAAGAGAUAAAAUGGCAACAGGAGCUGGAGAACAAGGCAGCAGCUCUGAGGAGAGAGUUGGACAUCCAGAGAGCCUCAGUACGACAGCACAAAGACAAACUGCAGCAACUGCAUGAACUGCUGGCAGCGAGGGAACAAGAGCACAGAAAACAGCUGGAGUUGCGGUUACAACCUAGUGGGGCAGAUUUUCGUGAUGCUGUGGCGAAGGAAGUGGUAUUAGUCGAAGAGAGACACAGCCACAGGGAGGCGGAGCUGCAGGAGAAGGUGGCAGAGGGCAGGAAACAGUACUCUGCUCUGGAGAACGAGUUUCGCAUGGCGCUAACCAUCGAGGCUGCUCGCUUCUCUGAGGUGAAGGAGGCAUGUGAUCAGAUGGCUGCAGAGCUGAUGGAGCUCAAGGCAACCCUGGCCCAGUCCCAGGAGAGGGAGAAGAAAUCAGGCUCUCUAGUAAAGGAGCUCACCGCUAUGGUCAAAGAACAGAAGAGCCGCAUCUCUGAGCUCAUCAAAGCCAAGAGAGACGCUGUCACUGAUCUAAAGAGCCGUCUGCAUUCCUUGGAAGCAGAGGUGGGACAGGACCGGCGCCUUGGCCUGCAGCUAGAGUUGCUUAAGAAAGAAAAGGCACGACUAUUGUCUCAACUCACAGCUCAGGAGUCGGUGAUAGACGGCCUCAGGGCAGAGAGGAAGAUCUGGGGCCAGGAGCUUGCUCAGCAAGGAGCGUCCUUGGCUCAGGAUCGUGGUCGUCUAGAGGCCAGGAUAGAGGUGCUAAACUCUGAGCUGGAGGCUCAGAGGAAACAGAAUGAGCGGGAUAAUGAUGCUCUUAGAAUCAAAGCCAAAAUCAUGGACGACCAGACUGAAACCAUUCGCAGACUCAAAGAGUCCCUGCAGGAGCGUGACGAUCAGAUCCGGAGACUGAAGGAGGACACAGCUCAGGCCCAGAAGAGGUUUAAGCAGCAGCUGGAGGAGGAAACAACCCACCAGGCUGAGCUGAAGGAACAAGUGGAACAUCUGAGCCUGCGCAAGGAAGAACUGAAGCACCAGCUGGAAGACAAGGAAGCAGAGCUCGAGGAGGUUCAAAGAGUUUACAGUGAAUCCACAAAGAAGUGGCAGGAGAAGGCAGACUUGCUCACUCGGCUGGAGAGCCAGGUGAAGCGUAUGAAGGAGAACUUUGAUUCCAAGGAGCGCUUGCUGCUGGAAGAAAGAGAUAAAGCAACAGAAGCCCACAGAGCUGCAAUAGAGAAAUUGCACUGUGUAGACGAUGCUUUUCGUAGACAACUGGAGUCCGUCCAGACUGCCCAUCAAGCCGAACUUCUGCGACUCGCUAAUGAAAAACAAAAAAAAAUAGAAGAAGCCAAUCAAAAGGUAUUUGAAGUGGAGGAGGAGAUGCGUCAGCUCCUGGAGGAGACGGAAACCAAUAAGAGAAUCAUGGAAGAGAAAAUGAAACGUCUCAGCAGUGUACUAAAAGACUUUUAACACAUAAAGAUGGAAUAACACUGGAUGAC